AUGGCUAGCAUUUUGCGAUAUAAGUUUGGCUCGACAAUUGUACCUUUCAAUGAGGAGGAUCGGAAAGAAUAUGGAUGGAUAAAGGAAAGCCGCUGCUUGAAGCUUUUGCAGUUUACCAAGCGUUCACAGGAUGCGUGUGUUGCUGUGUCUGCGCUUGUGAAUGCAAUGAUUGCUGAGGACACGGUAGCCUUAGUUCGAUAUGUAUACAAUGCUGCAUCGCACCCUCGAAUUAUGGCAUUAUUUCCUCGAAGGAGCAAGAAAGGAGUUGAGAUGUUUGUGGGAUUGACUUUACCAUUCUACGAGGACUUCCGUGGCAUCGAUUUUCCACCGCUGGAUGAUCCUACAACAGAACCCAAAAAUCACCAUCUCAGUGCAAUGCAUGCGCUCGCCAAAGCUAUGGAUCUCUCAAAAGCUUAUUUGUAA